GCCAUGGCGGGCGGGCCGCCCGUGCUGCUGGGGCUGCGCGACGCCGCCAUGGCGGGGCCGGGCCCGGCCGGGCCGCUCCCGGCGUGGGCCACCAACAAGCUGGGCGGCACCGCGGACUGGGCGCCGGCCGUGCGGGCGGGCCCGCCGCGGUGCGCGCGGUGCGGGCGGGCGCUGCUGCUGCUGGUGCAGGUGUACUGCCCGCUGGAGCGCGGCCCCGCGCACCGCGCCCUCCACGUGUUCGCCUGCGCCGCGCCGCGCUGCUGGGGAGCCGCCCGCAGCUGGAAGGUGCUGCGCUCCCACUACUCGCAGGCCCAGGAUAAACAAACCCGAGCUCUCGGCGUGCAACAGAAACAAGAAUCGAACUUAGCUGCAAAGGAUUGGUGUGAAGAUGCAGAUGACUGGGGAGCAUGUGAUGGAGCACAGGCUCCUGCAUGUGCUUCCCUUGAGCUGCUUGGCCUAAAGGAAGCCGUGAGCAACGAGGUGGAGUGUGCAUGCCAGCUCCAGCAGCUCCACCUGUCAGAGCCUGCCCAUGGCCCAGGUGCCCCGGACACCCAUCCUGCAGCCAGUGAGGACAUGGAUGGCCCAGGUGCCCAGGACACCCAUCCUGCAGCCUGUGAGGACAUGGAUGGCCCAGGUGCCCAGCACACCCAUCCUGCAGCCAGUGAGGACAUGGAUGGCCCAGGUGCCCAGCACACCCAUCCUGCAGCCAGUGAGGACAUGGUGAUGGCAGUGGCUGGUUCAGCUCCUGUGUUCCAGCCCUUCUACGUGAAUGUUGUGGAUGAGGAAGACUACAUGGGUUUCCUUGACACAGAUCAUGCAGAUAAGCUACUGAAGGAGUAUCAGCAGAGAGAGGGUGUUGAUUUGGAGCAGAUGAUGUCAGAAAGUUAUGAGGGUGAAGAUGGUAAUGAAAAAUAUGAGAAGAGUGAAGUGAAAAACUGGGACCACACAUUCCAUAAAUUCCUGAAAAGAAUAUCUGUAUGUCCUGAACAGAUUCUAAGAUACUCUUGGGGUGGCCAGCCUUUAUUCAUCACGUGUCCUCCAGCCAACCUGGACCAGGCUAUUCCAGCCUGCAGUACCUGUGGAAGCAGCAGAGUGUUUGAGUUCCAGCUGAUGCCCACGCUGGUCAGCAUGCUCCAGAGUGACUCAGAUCUGUCAGUGGAAUUUGGAACUGCUAUAGUUUACACAUGUGAGAGAAGCUGUUGGCCGACAAAUCAUCAAACUCCUCUUGAAGAAUUUAUUUUUGUACAAGAAGACCCGGAUCAGAGAUUAUUUAAAUAAAUUGUAUUUGUCUGAAUAGA